UCACAUCCAAAACAAAUUAUAUACUAGAUAAAUCCUUCUGUUUCUCUCUUUCUCAAAAAGAAAUGGCUUCUUCUAAGGUUCUUCUCCUUCUUGGCCUUGCUUUUGCAGUUGUGCUCCUCAUCUCCUCUGAGGUUUCAGCUCGUGAGCUUGCUGAGGCAACUGAGGCAACUGAGACAGCCAAGAUUGGUGAAGCUACUACCGAUGCCCAUCAUGUGGAGCAUCACAAGCAUGAAAAGAAACACCACCAUCACCACAAGAAACAUCACAAACCAGGGCAAGCUGGUACUGUUGAGGCUGAGGCUGAGACUGACAACUAAGGAAGGCUCUAUGUCAUUUGGCUCAGAUACGGUGUCUAGGAAAAUAAUAUGUCAAAUUAUGUGGCUUAAGUAUAUGCUGUUAUGUCUGAAAUAAGUCUUUCUAAGGACUCAAAUGUGCUGCUUUGUGUGGUUUUGUAAGGGUGUGUUUCAGUUUUGUCUUUGUUCUUCUAAGUUAUGCAGUUGAAGUGCAAAUAAAAUCUGUGCCACUGUUCUGCAAG